AACCAAACCGCAGAAGCCUUCAACCACGGGAUCGGGUUUAUUAGGUCUCAACAACAUAAGUUUGGGUGUAGUCUCUACGCUAUGCUGGCCAACUAGAAUCUGGGAAAUACCCAAUUCAUGGUACCAACCUCCUAGAAUAUCUUGCCACAGGGUUGGGCUUGUCUACCUCGCUUUUUGUUAUGGCUUCACGAUUCCCACGCUCCAGCCUUCACCAGCGUGAUCCUCGCGCAUCGGCUUCCCUCUUUGAUUCAUAUGGCGGCGACUCAAGACCUGUCAGUAGGUCGCCGGGCCGAGUGGGUGGUUAUGGUUAUGGAGGAUAUCCCAGCAAUGGGGCUGUUAAUGGAGCCUCUGUCGGAAAUGGAUACAGGGAUGCAACGCCAAAUGCGAAGGGCCACUACUCCGAUGCAGUUCUAUCUCAUUUAGAGUCGCAGAAUGAUGCCGAGGUAGAGGGUAUCAGCGCAAAAGUCAAGAUGCUGAAAGAUCUUACGCUCGCUAUUGGCGAGGAGAUUCGGGAUACUUCGACAAUUACAGAACUCAAUGAUACAUUUGACAACACUCGCCUUCGCAUACGAGGAAACAUGAGUCGCAUGUUGCGGAUGGCGGAACGGACAGGUGUCGGCUGGCGUGUAUGGCUGGCUUUCUUCCUGGCUGUUUUCCUGCUCUUUGCUUAUGUGUGGCUGACUUGAACGGUCCGGUUAUGACCCUCCACGAAGGCUCAUGGAUGUUCAACUUACCUUGUCUCGCACUAUGGCGACAGACGCACCAGUACUCUUACUCUAUUCUUAUUUUUCGAACUACGCUCCUCGCCUCCCUAGCAAGAGACACGAACCCAUCCGAAUCGAAUAACUUGCUAAUGAAAUCUAUGCUAAUAUCUCUGAUGAUUGACAAACGAGCAAGUCUUCUGGACUGUGUGCCCACCCUGCUAGUCCCCCGCUCCUCCCUUUUUUUACUUCCUUUUUUGUUGAUUUCCUCAGUUCUUUCCAUUAUGGCCUACAAGGAUGGAUGGUGCUCGAUGAUGCUGUGACUGUCAAACCUUGAUCUCAAUCUUGCAUUUCUCUUUUCUUUUCUUUUA